CGCCCGCCCCGCCACACAGGUAGAGGUACGUACCGCAAGGCGAAGCAGACGCCGGCCACGACGCCACCUAACGCGGGCCUCGUUAGUCUUCCGAGGACGGCCGCAGCUGCCGGAGGACUCGCCGCUCGCUAGCCUAGCAGCCGCCGUCUCAGUGCGACGCCGACGUGUGUGUGUCCGAUACCAACCGUGGACUCCUCUCAGCACCCGCAUCCAGCUAGAAACGGCAGCCGCUCUCGCCUCUUACUCGAUUUUACCAAGCACCCGAGGUCAUUUGAGAACUUAAACAGAUCGUCAGUUUUUGCUUCUACGAUGACUCUGGUCCAGUAACGGUGUCGUCGAGUCUGGUACUUCGAAGGACGCGGUCUCUGUUGUGCUUCCAGCUUUAACCGAUAAGAUAACAGGCACCAUGACGCUGCAAGUGGUGGCAGACCUCGUGAACUUCUACAGGGACCUGAUGGAUAACAGGAGCGACCAGCGCGUCAAGGACUGGCCGUUGAUGUCGGGUCCGCUGCCUACGCUGCUGAUAUGCGUGAGCUACGCCUACAUCGCCAAGGUGGUGGGGCCGAGACUCAUGCGCGACCGCAAAGCGAUGCAGCUCAAAGUCCCACUCGUGCUGUACAACCUGGCGCAGGUCUUCUUCAGCAUGUGGCUCUUCUACGAGUUACUCAUGGGUGGCUGGUGGAAUAGGUACAGCUUCAGAUGCCAACCCGUCGACUACUCGAACGAUCCCGUCGCUCUCAGGAUGGCUCGCGCUUGCUGGUGGUACUACUUCUCGAAGUACACGGAGUUUAUUGACACGCUGUUCUUCAUCUUGCGGAAGAAGAACGAGCAGAUCACGAACCUGCACGUCAUCCACCACGGUGUGAUGCCGAUGAGCGUGUGGUUCGGAGUCAAGUUCACGCCAGGAGGCCACAGUUCCUUCUUCGGUCUGCUGAAUACAUUCGUACACGUCGUUAUGUAUACAUACUACAUGCUGGCGGCCAUGGGGCCACAGAUGCGUCCAUACUUGUGGUGGAAGAAAUACCUCACAGCCUUCCAGAUGGUGCAGUUCGUGCUGAUGAUGGUCCACGCUUUCCAGCUGCUGUUCAUCGAAUGCGACUAUCCGAAGGGCUUCGUCUGGUGGAUCGGCAUGCACGCUCUCAUGUUCUACUUCCUCUUCUCUGAUUUCUACAAACAAGCCUACAGAAACGAUAGGAAAAGCAAGAAGGAUGACGAUGCCACUGCAGUGACAAGCAACAAAACUGAAGCAGUUACAGAGAAUGGACACCUGAAAGAGGUUGAAAAGAAGGAUGCGGCAAAUGGAACAGUGCAUAGUUCAAUGAACGGAUAUCUCCAACACUCAGAGUCAAAUGUUGAUGGGGUAAGAUCGCGAGCGAAAGAAGCUGCUCCAGUGAAGGAAUCAGAUAUAGGAGAUGAGUCAUCGAAAAAUGUCUCCGAAAUUGGUUUCUGGGAGCGAUUUACCAUGAACUUUCCAAUGUUUUGUAUACCUGACCAGACAGUUCUCUUGCAAAAUCACUAGUGAAAUCGCCAAGUAACUUAUUUUUUGUACAUAUUAGUGCAAGCACUUCCUAAUAUAAUGGACGUGAGUAUGUUAA